AUGGUCACUCGAAAUGCGAAUCUAGAUAUGCAACCAAGUCGCGACAACACCUACUCAUAUACUCAUUCGACUCGAGCAGAAUAUACAGCUAUUACACAAUUACAAACGCAGGCAUUAAUCCCUAUUACGUUGCAGUCAACAGAAACCAUAGCUACAGAUGCUUCAGACUUGUGUUUUCAACAGCAGCCGUUGGUUGAACCACCACCAUACUCUCCCUCGACAGAAGACCCACCACCAUACACAAUUCCAAAAACACAAAGUAUUCGAUCUGUUCAGUUUCGCAACAUGUCUCGUAUACUAGCACUGCUUGAUGCGGUACUCAACAUGAUCUUGACAUUUAUUUCUGGAGUGAUGCUAACUCAAGCCAAUUCAACUGGUAUGCUACCACUGCUAGUUCCGAUUGGGUACACCAUGUCGUCUUAUCUUGGUGUGGCGGGCUACACUCACAAAAAACAACCCAUAGUCAUCAUGUAUAUUGUUUUUUAUUUUUUGCGCUGGGCAUUUGAUUUAACAGUACUUGUAUACUAUGGAAGCAUCAACUCACCCAUCAUGUUUCGUAUGCCAUGGUCUGUGUUCGGAUUGACCCUUCCCAUGGUGGGAAUACGUGGACUCCAACAAUUGAUUUUACCAUGCGUUGAUCAAGAAUACACAGUAGAUAGUGGAACAUGUUCAAACAAUGCCAAGCUGAAUGGAUCUGCAACUAGUUUUGUUUCAAUCAUGCUUGUUAUGGCAAGUUUAAUUCGUGAAUUCCAACUUGUUCCACAUCUGAUUGUGGGAGUAGUACUAUUUACAGAUGGCUUUAUAACUUAUCGAAGAUACAGGGAUGAAGACAGUGCAGCAACAGUUGACACUUUGUCAUGGUUGAGUUAUACGAGAUCUGCGCGUUUUCAAAGAGAACUCGCCGCACAGUUGCCCAUAUCCCAUAAUGAAACAUUUGUAAAUAUAUUUCCUCGAGGGACAUUACUGGGCGAACUUUCAGCAAGGGAAAUGACAGUCAAUACGCAUGCUGCUGGAUAA